AUGGUCAAGGAAAAGAUGACCCCUGAGGCUGCGGCCCGUAUCAAGGCGGGGAAUAAGGAUAAGAAGUUCGUUCAGAAGGCUGCGGCUGCUGCGCAAAGAAACUACCCCAAUCACCCGACCUACAAGUCCAGUGGCGGCUCUGGCGGCGGCUCGUCUAGCUCUGGCGGGCAGUCUGGUGGAGGUUCUGGUGGCAGUUCGGGCGGCGGCUCGAAGUAA